AUGGAAAAGAUGGGAUUUCAUUCGAGAUGGGUUGGUUGGGUUGUGGAGUGCAUUAGAUCGGUCACUUAUUCGAUGUUGAUCAAUGGUGAACCAAAAGGUGACAUAGUUCCGACUAGAGAUGACAGUCUCCUCUUUUGUCGAGCAAGAGUGGAGGAGGUGGAGAAAAUACAAGAGCUAUUGGGGAAGUAUGAGUUGGCUUCGGGGCAAAAAAUAAAUUCAAGUAGAACCACAAUUUUCUUUAGCAAAAAUGUUCCUACGACUCUCAAGGAACUCAUUCAGAAUUCUUUGGGGGUCCCUGAAAUUAAGGAAUAUGAGAAAUACUUAGGUUUACCAGCUGUGGUUGGGCGGAAUAAAAGGGCAAGCCUAAACUAUAUCAAAGACCGAGUUUGGGGGAAACUCCAAGGAUGGAAGGAAAAGUUAUUAUCUCAGACUGGGAAGGAGGUUUUACUGAAAGUAAUGGUUCAAGCUAUCCCUACUUUUGCCAUGAGUUGUUUUCGCCUACCGGUUGGUCUUUGCCAAGACAUUGAGAUGCUCAUUUGCAAGUUUUGGUGCGGCCAAAGGGGAGAAAGGAGAAAAAUUCACUGGAAGAAGUGGGAGAUGAUGUGUAAACCAAAAGUGGAAAAAGGUUUGGGGUUCAAAGACUUAUGUAGAACCACAACACCUCACUCUAAUCUAGCCCUGGAAACAACAAUGGCUGUGCUAAUAAAUCCGGUUUCGGGAUGGUGGAACAUUCACUUCAUUGAUCGCCAUUUUUAUCCGCCGGAUGCAAAGCUUAUAAAGUCUUUGCCUUUGUGCUCGACCCCACAACCUGAUAUCCUGAUCUGGCCCAAGGAAAAAUCUGGAAACUACUCUGUAAAUUUCAGAUAUAAGCUACUAUGUGAGUGGCAAAAUGAAGAACUGAAUCGGCACCAAGUUUCUGAUGUUGAGAAGAGAUUCUGGAACAACAUUUGGAAGAUUAAAGCUCCGGGAAAGAUUAAGCACUUUAUAUGGAAAGCGUGCUCAAAUUCUCUACCAACAAAAGAAAAUUUGAUUAAAUGA